CCACCCCACCCUGCCACCCCGCCGCCAGGGGGCACUCGCGGGAAUCCCGGAGGGUCUGCGCGCCACGUGUCCCGGAAACGCGCUGGGCGCCGGCGUCACGAGGCAUCGCGAGGCCCCGCGAGACCCGGCGAGGUGGGCCACAACCUGAGCUCGUGGGCACGCGCGUGGCAGCACAGGUCUCUUAGGGAGGCCGGGCCGCAGGAGGGGCCGAGAGGGGCCCGGCGGGCUGCACGAGCGCCGAGGUGUGGCCCUGCCCACCUUCCUGACUCGACAUGCUGCCCUGGAACCCCCGGCGGUGGGGCGCGGGUGAAGAGCAGGCGCCCAUGGAACGAUGCCCCUCGGCGGGCAGUGGCCUUUUCCAGGCCUGGGACUCCGGAGAGGAAGCCCUGGUGGAGCCAGGAACAGCCACAGAGGGCAGCCCUCAGCCCUGGCCUCGAAGGCUUUCCUGGACUCGAAGGCUUUCCUGGACUCGGAAAGCGCAGCUGCGGCCUCGGCUCCUCCCAGGCCUGGCUGCCAAGCAUUCCCCAGGAACUCCAGUUCCUUUCUCCCCUCAGAGGACUUGGGGGGUGGCACCAUCAGAGAUGACCCCGCUAGCGCCCUGGGACCCCAACUAUGAGGCUACAGCAGGAUGUCGGCUGGUGUGGGGACCCAGCUGUGCAUCUGGCAUCUCCUUCUCAGGCCGGACCUUGUACCAUCCCUCGUUCUGGCCUCUGUACCAGGCAGCCUCAUGCAGGGGCCUCAGGCCCAGUCUAGCAGGACAUCGGUGUGAAGACCAAGUGCCCAGGGGUGCAGGGUUCCCGGUGAUGUGCUCUGAAGACGUCUUCUUUUUGGACCCUCUGCUGCCCCGUGGGCAGCGUGUUCCCCUGUACCUGUCUGAGGCCCCUCAGCAGGUGAGCGCUCCUGCUGCCUCGGCCUCACCCCAGCCUUCAGGCAUGGCUUUCAGGGAGACACUGCCCCUCCUCUCUUCUCAGGUGAUGGGCUCUCUGAAGCUGCUGCUCCCACGCCCGAUCAUGUCCCCCUGGCUCCUCCCCACUCCGUCUUCGCGCUGCUCCACUGCUUGGCUCAGUGGGCCAGAGCUGAUCGCCCUCACUGGCCUCCUGCAGAUGAGCCAGGGGGAACCGAGACCCAGCACCUCAGGGGCUCCCGGGCUCCCUUCUGGCCCCCCAGCCCUUGUCUCUGAUCACCCAGCUGCCAGUGAUGGCUCAGGCUGUUCUCACUGCGGGGAACCAUCUCUCCCCGGGACCCCAGACGCCGAAGGUCCAUACCUCCUCCAGGGACAGAAUGGGCCCUCUACUUCCCCAGGCAGGUUCUAUUGAUAAUAAAACUGUUGGUUUGCAAA